AGCUACCGCACCCAAACACAAUAUAUUGUAAGGCCUGGUGUUGGUAGUGGGUAUUGGCGUCUGAGCGGUGGGAGCUGGGCCAUCGGGGCAGCGGACACCAUUUUCAUAGCUGGGAUCGCGGCCGAAGGGGGCGAGGACAGCAGUGCAUAGCUGGUGCGGUGGCCAUUGCGGGGACCGGGACAGCAGGGUUUAUAGCUGGGACAGCACUUCGAGGCUGGGACAGCAGGGAGGGUUUAGAGUUUUAGUUUGAUAUGUCUGGAACGGAGGAGGACGCAACUCUGAGCGCGAGGUUGGAUGAGGCGCUACGAGCUAUAGAGGAGGCCAAGGCUGAGACGAAGGAGGCCAAAGCUGAGACGGAGGAGCUUAGGGCAGCACAGCGGCGGUCUGCGGGUGCACCUGCCGGCAGCAGCUCAGGAGGCGACGGUCUAGUUGCUCCUGGAGGGGCUUCAUCUGCACCGGUGAGGCCAAUGUGGCCAGGCGGGGUGAGUCAUGAUGGCGGUACUGGGGUGCCGGGCUUGCCUCUGGGAGGUACAAUUGUCAGAACUCCUGUGCCUAGAAUCCCGCCUAAUUGCACCGCCGACACUUUUCUCAGUUGGCGGAGACGCUUUCUGGCCUACGUGGACAACCACAAUCUCCAGCACACAAUCUUCGGCAGUGCUGAGGUUCCCGUUGUCAGUUGUCAGGAUGAAGGAUACUUGACACGCCAG